AUGUCAUCCCAAAGUGGAGAAAUACGGAGAAGCGAGGGGAAGGAGAAGCGAAAACCUGUACGCCGUGACCCGGAGAAGAGACGACAACAGAAUGUCCAAGCGCAACGAAAGUACCGAGAAAAGCUGCGUAAGCGCUUGAACCAACUAGAAGCCCUUGCGGCACCUGCCGCGCAAACCUGUGUUGUUGAAGGAGCACCAGCUGUGGGUACACGCCCGUCUGAGGGUGCCACAAUGCACAGCCCAUCCACCGCGCCGUCGGAUGUCAGUACAAAAGACCCCCCAUCAUAUGAUACCCUCGACGUAUCUGUUUCCAGUUUUUCUGCCGUAACUCCAGAGGAAUGCCAAUACCCUCCACCGCAGUUAGAUCACAGCCUAGCAGCAUUGUGCACAUGGGAUCCUAGAACAUAUGUUCCGCAAUCAGAUGACACACGCUCAUCGCUGAGCAUCUGGAGCUCCACAAAUUAUGUUGAUCCUUCCCUUCUCAUGUGUGAUAAAAAGAACGACAGUCAUAGUCCAUACUGGACGGCCACCGUCAGUUGCGGCUGCUCCAGGCCACAUGUCCAGAUACGGACGCAAGGCCCUGACCCAUCUUGCUAUGGUGAGAUCAAAAUACUCUCAAUUGAACCGGGUGCACCCGCCGCAGAUCCAUACGCCAACCACCUUCGCAUCGAAACGGUCUGCACUAUAUCUGCACUGCACGCUCUUGGGACGCAUGUUGGCAUUACUGAGGAGCUGAUCUGUGCCGACGACUCUCUCUCUCCGUUCUUCCGGUUCACCGUGGACUCGGCGGAUGAUACAGCCAAGACAAACAUGAUUUGCGCCGUGCAGAGAAUAUUCAAGACUCUGAAGCCGGAUUUGAGGCCGAGCAAGGAACAAAUCACCGUCAAGCAUCACCCCUUCAUCGAUAUUCUACCCUUUCCGACGCUGCGUAGAAAUCUCAUCGCCUAUCAGAAUGAGUUCGAUGAUGAUGAGUUCUUCCACGACAUGUUGACCGGCUUGGUGUGUUGGGGCGGUGCGGGUGUUGGGAAGAAGGAUCGAAAUCAGUCCACGGGUCAUGCUUCGACAGGGACGCCGUGGGACGUCCGCAGCUGGGAGGCGAGAGAUUGGUUUAUCAAGAAGUAUUGGAGAUUGCUAGGUGGUGAAGACGGAGAACUCGUUCGGCAGAGUGAAUGGUGGCGCAGUAUCAGAGGGGACGACCCGCUGAACGUGGAAGUUCACUGA